CGUGCGAUAGAGCUGUGCUAUUAGGAUGAUUCUGUUCUGAUCUGUUGUUGUUUUUCUUUCAGUGAUGCCUUCGAAAAAGGCGACGGCCGCCCAGAAGAAAAAGGGCGUAGUAGGAGAGACCAGCCGGGCUCAGAAGGAUACUCGGACCCUUGCUCAGAUGAUGCGUGAUAUUACGUCCCGGCCAGCCGACUCUGCUACGUCUUCAUCGUCAGAGGAGUCUGGAGCAGCUUCACCAUUAGCUCCAGGGGCUCCAGCUCCCGCGCCUCUAGCUCCUCAGCCAGGGGCGGAGGACAGGACACUGAGAGAGGCUGUGCAGUUAUUGACCACUCUGGUAGCGGGACAGGCUCGCAGACGCGGGCGGAGAGAUGAUGAUGAUGACGAUAGGUGUGACAGCCUGAGGGUUCGAGAGUUUCUAUUAUGUGGCCCUCCAGAGUUUUACGGGUCUAAGCCCGACAAGGACCCCCAUGACUUUAUUCGGGGGAUGCGGCGCUCACUAGAUUUGGUCAGGGCUUCAGAGACUGAGUCUGUUGAGUUGGCUUCGCAUAGACUACGGGAUGUCGCUGCUCACUGGUAUGAGUCCUGGGAGCUAUCUAGGGGUGAGGGUGCUUCCCCAGCUACUUGGGACGAGUUCGUGGCUGCUUUUACCCGCCACUUUUUGCCCCCAGAGUUACGGCGGGCGCGGGUUGACCGAUUUUUACAUCUGCAGUAGAGGGGUCGGAGUGUUCGUGAGUAUAAUAUGGAGUUUGAUUCUCUGGCCCGGUACGCACCUGCCAUAGUAGCAGAUAUGGCCGAUCGGAUGCACAGAUACGUGAUGGGGUUAGACCGCUACUUGAUUGAUGGCUGUAUGGCGGUGGCAUUGCAGACAGACAUGGAUAUUGCCCGACUACAGGCUUAUGCUCUGGGUAUGGAGGACCGACAUAGAGCUGAUUAUUCCAGCAGAGAUCGGGACAGGAGGCCGCCCAAGAGGGCCAGGUCCGCUGGGUAUUCUGGGGAGCCUCAAGGCGGGCAGCCUCAACAGUAUGUUAGACAGUCUUCUCAGCCAGCGCAGAGUGCGCCCCCGCAGUCUACCGGAGAGGGAUUUGAUAGUGCCAGAUACUCAGGAGCAGGCCAGAGCUCCAGGGCUCCAGGUUCACAGGUGAGCCGAGGUUCCAGCCAUGCGAGACCACCUAUGCCUCGGUGUUCGUAUUGUGGGAGAUCUCAUCCAGGAGAGUGCUACCGAGCUACGGGAGCCUGUUUUUCUUGCGGCCGUCAGGGCCAUAUGAUGCGUGAUUGUCCGAUGGCAAGUGGUUCUGGUAGUACAGUUCAGCCGAUGGGAUCAGCCGCGGGUUCAUCUUCUACUCCCUCAGCUUUGCGCCCUGCGGGGCGAGGUAUGCCGGCACAGGGGGGCCGUGGUCGAGGUCGUGGCAGUGGUUCAGAUUCUAGCGGUCCUUCGAACCGCAUAUAUGUGUUGGCCAGCCGACAGGACCAGGAGGCGCCACUAGGUGUGUUUACAGGUGAUUUGAAUUUCUAAAAUUCGUUACAUUGUUUGGUAAGAAAUUGAUAUAUGCUACUCAAAAGGAAGCUCCCCCGAAUUUUUAGAAGAGACCCGUAGAUUUGAUCCAACAUUCGAGGACGAAUGUUCUAAAGGGGGGAAGAAUGUUAUACCCCGUAUUUUUAUACGUCGAGCUAUUCGCAAAAGAAUCGACGUGAGAUAAAGACGGAACCUUUCCCGGAUACGAAAUAGAAAUUUUAAUUUUCAAUUAGAACAUAAAUUGUUUAUAAAUUGUAUUUAGGGUAAAAAUAUUAUUAUUGGAAACUAAGAAUUAAUUAAUUGUGAUUAGAUUAUUAGACAAUACUUAGUGAAUAGUUAAAAAUUAAUUAGCUUAAUUAGGUUUGGUGGGGCCCACCCGAUCAUUCUUCAAAAAAAAAAGUUAUUAAAAAUUAUGAUAAAUAAAUAUAAUAAUGAAAUAAAGCUAAGUUAGUGGGUCAACAUGGGGAAAAGCACGUGUAGGGAAAUUGGGAACAAUAUAUGUAUAGUUAAAUGAAAAGUGGAUGAACAUUUCAUCUCACACUUGUCCCGUCAUAUGAUUCUGUCGGUCUGUUUAGAGGUCUGUGGACAUGUUUGUGGGUUAGGGUCUUUCUGUUCGGAUGCGUGUGUAUAUGUUGUAUUUGGACGAUCCCAUUCGCCGCGGCGGCCAGUCCGCAUAUGUUUACAUGUUGUUUUGUUGGCCCUGUGUGGCCUUUGUUGGUACUUCUGUGCGCAAGGUUAUUUUGGGAUAGUCCGUAAAACAAAGGAAACUCUGCCGAAAUUUUUCUGGAAAUUAUAUAAAUUUGAAACACAGCCUUGUCGGCUUCUGUUAUAUACUUGAAUGUGUUUGAUAUAAUUUGAGAUAGAGUUUGAUAGAUGUGUUUGGGUGCCCAGAUCGGGCGCUAGUCACGGCCUACGGGGUUGGGUCGUGACAAAAUGAGUUUAGGCAAAUCCCGAGUAGGCGGGGCAAACCUCAAUGUUGAGUCUAGGCAAAUCUCAUGCGGUGGGGUAAACGUCAGUAGGAUGCUGAGUCCAUAAGAGGGGGUGUAUAUGACACCCCAACUUAGGAGGAAAGUACAUAUCAGCAUAAUACAUGAGAGGUGCUGGGUAUAUAAGUAAGCAUGUCUUAUUUCCUAGUGACGCGUUUUAAAGCUGUGUGGACCUAGGCCCAAAACGGACAAUAUCACUAGCGCGUUGGGCUGUUACAUCGAGAGAGGGAUGUCGGCCCCUCUCAAAAUGAAGAAGGGUGGGUUCCAGAGAGGAUUGCGCCAACCUAUGUUGCUCGGACCCUUCACUUUUGCUGCCGUACCCGUGUCCGACACGACACGACACGGGUUUGGGUACGGAAUUCGUGUCGGAUCCGGUCAAUAGAGAUCGGAUACUUUGACCGAAAUUCAUGACCAAAUUAAAGAAAAUUUUUGAGAUUAUGAUUUCUCAAGAUAACAAAAAGUAGAGAUUUGAAGACAUGAGAUGGCAUACCUUCAAUAUUAUGUAGAAAAUUUAACUAGUUUCUCGGAGCACGCAGUCUAGCACCUAGUAGAAUGGAAGAUUGAAUCACAUGUCUGGUACAAACUACAUGUAGGUGCUUCCACAAAAAGCUCUCAUAAUCUAGGCAUAUUCUUGUAGCUAUAUUAUUAGAAUUUUGAAUUAUUUUUGCCGAAUCCCCGCACCCGUAUCCGUACCCGGAUCCGUACCCACGAAUCUUAAAAUUUAGAUCAUACCGAGUCCGACCUCUAGAUCCAUACCCGUAUCCGACACCCGCACCCUAGUCCGAGCAACAUAGGCGCCAACCAAAGACUCUGAGAGUGAGAGUUGACAUCAAUCUCACGCCUUGUCAUCAGAUAACAAGUUGAUUUUGCCCUGAACAGCGAAAUAGGGGUGACUUCACAUUGUUUCUUGACAUGCCUAUCUCUGUUGCACAAUUCGAACCAUUUCGGAUUUACCUCAAAUAAAAAAUGAAAAAAACCUUAAUUCGUGGCAGAAUCAAGUAGUUUUGGUUCAAAUACUGUUUUGUCUGAAGAAAUUCGUUUAAUAUGUACACAUUAUCAAUUUAUAACCCAGUCAGUAGAUGUCAUAAAUUGCAUAUUGCAUUUCCAGAUGACCAAUUAUGAAUGUUAAAGGAAGUAACUUUGCAGUAAAACUAUGAGAAUGCCUCAGAUCUUAUUUAUUUUUAAAUUUAGUUUCUGAAAUAGUUAUAUGCUUGAAUUAGAACCUCAAAAGUUUAAAACUUGAGUUUAUUUGAAAUAUGUUUCCAUCUAAUAGAGGCUGCUUUUAUGAUUCUGAUUUGAUGUUGCUCUAAAUUCUUGUAAAAAUGGAGCUUUUUUUCAAAACAGAUGAUCCCCACAGCUUAUAUCGAUUACGAGAAUGGUAUGUUACCCAGGAAGGUUUCUCUUAGGGAUCAGUUUGGAAAUAUGUGGCCUAUAGGAGUGGUCAAAACAGGAAAAUAUUUCUAUUUCCAAUAUGGAUGGGAGAAAUUCAUUGAGGACAACAAAGUAGAGUUUGAAGACUUUUUAAUCUUUGACUACGAUGGAAAAGGUGUAUUUGACUUCAAAUUACUUGGAACCACUUGUUGUGAAAAGAAUGGAUAUGGAGGUUUAAAAUUGGCUCUGAAGGAGGAGGAAAGGAAGAAAUGAAUGUUGAGCAUCAAAAGAGUGUUGUAGAGCCAAAAUGGAAGUUGUCCAGUGAUAGCAGUAGUAGUUCUUCUGAUGAUAGUAGUGAAGACUACAUAGUAGAAGAAGAAGAAGAGGACGAGGAGUAUGAAGAAGAAGAAUGAAGAAGAAGACGACAAAAUUGAGGUGGUAGAAGAAAAUGAAAGGGCAAUAACGAUAUGCAAAAGACAAGAGUCACGUUCAAAAGGCAAACGCGUGGAAAAAGAAGAAGAUGACGAUGAAGAAACUGAAGAGAAAGUGGAAGAGAAGACUGAAAAGGCGCCAUGUUCGAAGCGCAGAUUCGCGGAAGAAGAUGAUGAUGAUGAAGAUGAGGAGGAAGAAGAGAAUGAAAGGGCAAGCAUAUCCAAGAAAAAGGCAACACGUUCAUAAUGCAGAUUUGCGGAAGAGGAAAAUGAUGAUGGAGAGAAGGAAUGUGACGAAGAAACUGAGGAAGAAGAGAAUGGAAGGGCAGGCACAUUCAAGAAAAAUGCACCACGUCCAAAAGCUGGAUGCGAAAGAGCCACUGAUCGCAAGGGGAGAGAUCGCUAUGACCAUUAUGGUACAGAUAUUCAGAAGUGGACGCGCAGUUCAGCCAAAAAAUCCUUACUUUGCAGCAAAAAUACGAGAAAAAAGGAUAAACCAACUAUUCGUUCCGAUUGAUGUGGUGAGACUACAAACUUGAAAUCCCUCCAACAAUGACCAUUCGCGACUCUAAUGGCAGCAGAUUUGAUACAAAACUCAAGAAAUGGAAGGACGGUAGAAUAUGGCGCAAUUUAGGCAGAUGGAAUCUUGUGGAGAAAAACGAUUGGUGUAUCUGUGAAUUUGUGAAAGGGAAAGGCAAAAAAGGGCUUUACUUGCAAGUUCAAGUUCUUCAUGAAGGAGCAAGUUCCAACCCCAAAAAGAAGUACAAGAAAUAGUUUACUGCUACUUAAUUUAGCAUUUAAUUCUUAUGGCCUUGAGUGUUGUUAUAAGUUGACAAUUUUUUUAAGAGAAAGUACUGAUAAGUACUAUUGUUUGUUGACAAUAAUUGAAGACUGUUCUAGUUUGUUUUAGUAGUUCUGACAAUUGCUGAGCCAAUUGACUGGUGUUAAGAACUUGACUAGUUUGUUAAGUAUUGUUGCUUGAAUUGCUUGUUAUAAUACAGGCAUUUAAGACCUAUAGUUUGUAUUUAUAAGUGACUACUGUGGCAAUUAAGCCAAUUGAUUGGCGUUAAGACCAAAGUCUUCUUUAUUUACAUUUGAAUGUUCAUUAUCUGGUCUACUUCUGUUUGAAAUGCUCAGGUGGGCAAAGUUUGAUCUAAAUGCUUAUAUAUCAUUUGUGAGUCGUUUAUACUCAUCGCAUUGUUCUUCAAUUUUGGAGAUAUCUUAUAACAAUCUUGCUCUGAAAGUUUAUUUAAACCCUUUGUUGAAUCUUUAUUUUAUAAAACUAAUGAGAAAUAGAUUCAUAAACUAGGAAAAAAUAUCUGCCAUUCAAAUGUUUAGGAAUCAGUAGUAUUAUAUUUUG